GCCGGUUGCUAUAGCGACGGGCGGGCGCUCCGACCGCCGCCGCGUCCGCGCCGUUCGCCGUCCCUCGUCCCUCCCCCGGCGGCCCCGGCGAUGGCGGCAGAGGAGGAGGAGGGCGACGUGGAGUGGGUGGUGGACACCAUCGCCGGGUUCCUGCGGGGGCCCGCCUGGUCCAUCCCCAUCCUGGAGUUCAUGGAACAGAAGUGCGAGGUUUUUGAUGAUGAAGAGGAAAGCAAGUUGUCUUACACAGAAAUUUAUCAGGAGUACCAAGCUCUGGUUGAAAAAUUAUUAGAAGACUAUCUUAAAGAAGUUGGAAUUAAUGAAGAGAAAUUUCAAGAAGCUUUUUCAUCUCCUCUUGCAAAGACACACACUUCACAGGCCAUUUUGCAAACAGUGUUGGCAGCAGAAGAUUUUCGACUAUUUAAAAAAAUGAUGGUACAGAAAAAUAUUGAAAUGCAAUUGCAAGCUAUUAGGAUCAUUAAAGAAAGGAAUGGUGUGUUGCCCGACUGUUUGACAGAGGGUUCUGAUGUGUUCAGUGAAAUUGAACAAGAAGAAAUGAAAAUACUAAGGGAGGUUCUAAGAAAAUCUAAGGAAGAAUAUGAAAUAGAGCAAGAAAGGAAGAGGACUGAAGAAGCACGUGAUAAACUUAAAUCACCAGAUGUUACCUACAGUUUUCCAGGAGAUUCGAGAGAAGCUGUAAAAGUUAAGGAAUCCACUGAGGGAGCUGAUGAUUCGGAAGAAACUCCAAGAUUUCCAUUAGGGGAAUCUCGGAAAUCUGCGAGGGAAGACUUAAAACCAGUACGCACGUUACAAAAAGGAACAGAAAGCUUACCUCAGCCAUCUUGUACCAAAGGGAAAGAAGACAUUAAGAAAAGGUCAGCUGGAAAAUGUUCAGAAAAUGCAGCGCAAAAAGCUGGGAUGAAAGGACCUAAUUUAUCAGAACUUGAAAAACAGCAGCUGAAGCAACGAGAGGACUACCUGAAGAAAAAACGAGACAUGUUGAUGGCUACAAAGAAGGAGUCAAGAAAUAAUGUACUGUUACCAACGAACACUGACCAGAAAGAAGAGGAAUCAUCUCCUAAAGAGGAAAUGUCAGAAGAGAAGCAAAGGUUACUACAGAAGAGGAAAAUGCUUGCCGAAAAACUAAAAGAAGAAGUUAUUAACAAGCGGUAAUUUUAAGAAGCUCAUUGCAGACCCCAAGAACAUAAGUAUGUUUUUAGAAUAAAUUAUAUCAUCAAUAAUUGAAUGGAUUUGUUUUCCAAUAUUACACUUAGUUUUAUAGAACUUUCAGACAAGCAACUCAGUACUUUAUAAUGUAUUGAAAAUUACACUGAAAUACACUAAAAAACGCUUAUUUUCCAGAAUGCUGGAAACCCCCUGACUUCCACUGGAACACGUUCAGCAGUGAGGCCAUUUAACAUCACUGCAGCAUACAGAUUUGCUAAGCUACUGGCCUCAGCCACUCGAUAUUAUAUAGAACAAAAGCAGAUAGUGAGAUCUGUUAAAAGUAAUUCCUAUAUGAACCAUUCUGAAUGUAUUAGAAAUUUUAACUUUUUUAUUUUUAAAAUUAUAGAACUUUGUUGCUCUUAUUAGAAUAUUAUAAAGAAAUUACUAUUUUUCAGCUGUGCAAUGUAAUAAAGUCUAAAUUCACAUGGAAGUUCACCUAUGACCAUCGUAUUUUUGAGAAAGAUGAUGCAGCUUGGAGUCAAGACAUGUACAUAUUAACUCUGGAUUACAUUGCUUUACAUACUUUUGAGGCAGUUUACCAGUCCUUAGGUUCUGUUUUGCUAUAAAUGCAACUUCAAGUAAAACUAAUUGCUUUAGUUACAAAGUAAAAGCUAGGGAUUUCACCAGCAAUUUCGAUUCAAAGUAGAAAUCUUUAAAAAUCUUGUUUACUGGUGUUCAGCUUUGACAGACUUAAACUGAAGCCAGGAGAGAGGCUAUCCUUUGCACUAUGUCAUUAUACAGCCGACUGCAACAGUAACUCGCAUUAAAAGAAACAACCCACCCAUUCAAGUUUCAAUGUAACUUUUUAUUAAAAUAGCAUUUAUAACUGA